GUUGUCCUGUCGUUUGCACUUGUCAUUCGCUACACGAUGAAGCCUCAAUUCUAUCUAUUGGGAGCGGUGAGCUUGGGUCUAGGAGGAGGCGGGGGAGGAGUGCUUGCUGAGUCUCUGUCAAUGCCGGGAAUCACAUCUCCACCACCGACUCCGACUAGCAGCAGCUCCAGCAGCCAGAUUACUCUUGGGAUGUGUGAUGCUACGGAGGACUUUUGCGGGAGGAGCAAGACCGCCAGCGUCAGCGGGUGCCCAAGGAGUAUUUGUGCGGAUUAUAUCAAUGAGUGUGGGAAGUGGUAUGGGGGCUGUUUUCUUGAUCCGGCUUGUACGGGAGGGAGUAUUUGGCCAACUUUCACCAAGCCACCAUGUACUACUUCUUGCUCUAGGACUAUCUGUGCGGAUUACGUGAACGAGUGUGGAAAGCCCUAUGGCGGUUGCUUUCUUGAUCCAGCGUGUACAGGUGGUACCGCAUUCCCGACAUUUACCAAACCUCCAUGUCCGACGACAACCCCUGCCAGUACGACGUGUUCGAGAUCGAUUUGUGUGGAUAAUAUCAAUGAGUGUGGACAGAUGUUUGGCGGCUGCUUUCUUGACCCUGCGUGCACCGGCGGAACCCAAUGGCCCACGUUCACCAAGCCACCAUGUAACUCUACUACCACUACCACGACCAGUGCUUCGACGACAUGUAAACGUGCCAUCUGUGCUGACUAUAUCAAUGAAUGUGGGCAGAUGUAUGGGGGUUGUUUCCUAGAUCCGGUUUGCACGGGUGGAACAGCCUGGCCAACAUUUAGCAAGCCUCCUUGCCCAACGACCAAAUGUAGUCACUCGAUCUGCUACGACGGGAUCGACAAGUGUGGGCAGUUUUAUGGUGGUUGCACGCUUGCACCAGAAUGUGGAGGUCCUAAAACCCCUACCUUUUCGAGGCCGCCGUGCCCACCAACAACUGUCACAACAUCUACUACAACGGCACCAUCGACAUGCACUGUUUCUCUGUGUGUUGAUGGAAUAGACGCUUGCGGCCAAGGCUGGGGUGGUUGUUUCCUGGCACCAGAAUGUGGAGGAAAGGAACCUUCGUGGACCAAACCACCAUGCACAAAGACAACUGUUACCCCGACUGUGACCAAAUACACAACUAUUUGCCCCCCCGGACAAGCUGUGACUAAGUUUGUGACGAGAACUUUAACAUAUACCUACGGCCCUUUGAAAUCAUAUUAUGCCGACCCGACAGUUCUCUCAUCCUACGAUUCCGUCACAUAUUAUGGCCCGGGGCCAACUUCUGCCCCCAGUUCAAUCAAUCCGUACGUCCCGAGUGGCACGCAUAACUCAUCCCCAUAUGUCCCAUCUGGCACUAGCCGUUGCAUAGCUGCAUCAUCGGCCGGCUUAGAUACCACUCUAGAUUUUGACGACCUCCACGGUGGAAUCUCGUUCACACCACGACCACCUUAUAAAGGCUUUAAUUUCUCCAGAUCCAUCAAUCCCGCAGCGCCGCUCACCAUUGGCAAAGCCAGGGAUAGCCAGUUCUCAAUGGAGGGUACAAUAACCGGAAUCGGCAGUUAUCCUGCUUGGCUGUUGGUCCACAGAGCCACCAGGCAGAUGAAUUACCCGCCGAGUUUAGACAUCAUCGCCAUGAGUCAGGAUGGUGACCCGAGAAAUUGCGCGUUUGAUUUAAAGUCCUUUUAUGUCAAGCCCACGUAUAUUUGGUCCGAUGACUCGAGGAUUAACAUUACGGCAUUCGACCUUGAUGGAAGAUUUAUUAAAACAGAAACUAGGAAUGCUGCCGGAGGGUUGCUUUUUGAUGUCAAAGGGCAAGGGUUCGAGGGAAUUGGCUUGCUCACAAUUCUGGACCUGUCGAACGAAGGUUUCUUCAUUGAUGAUAUCAAAGUCACAAGCCGUUGCUGUGCCUUCCCUGAACGGCCUGCAACAUGUCCUAGGGAAGAAUAUGGCAAAUGGACAGUUUCCACCCAAGACUUUGAAAAGGUCACAGGCAAUCAUAGCCUCCCCUUCGAAGUCAGCCCUUGGGUUCCCUAUGGAAACCUCCUGUUCCGCACUCACUUCGACACACCCACCCUAUCAAGAAUUUCCGACCCAGUCCUAGGCACCAGCACAAUGCUACAUACAACCGCAGACGUCCUGAAUAUAACCCUCUCCACAAAAUGCGAUUUUCGGCUUGGCGCCCUCUCUAUAGCACCCGACGAGCCAGCCGCUGGAGGCAACAUAAUCAUUGAGGGAUAUGAUUUCCACAGCGAACUUGCUUGGACACAUACUGAGGCGGUGUCUGCGGCGGGCGGGAAGAGGAUAGAUGCGAUACCAAGUGGAUACCCCGCGGUUUGGGGGUUACGGAUUAAGAUUGUUGUUCAAGAGGCGAAUAGGACGAGGUUGAUGGGAUUUGCGAUUGAUGAUAUAGUGGUGAUAUCGGGGCAAGUUGGAUGAGUUGUGAUUGGAAAUUAAGGGGAGAGGAUGACGGGUAUGAAGGCUAUGUUUCUAAAAUUAAUGAAUGUCGGAUUGUUACGGA